AUGCGAUGGUUCACGGUUAUAGUGAUCGCAAUAGCGAUAAAUGGCUCAAUGCCCCAAAGACCAGGACCACGACGCAUUAGACCUCGUCCUGGCGUCAGACCUCGUCCUGUUCAAAUUUACGUCGUUCCAGUGCCAGCGGUCCGCCCUCGACCCGCACCUGUAGUCGCCCCAUUACGAACACUUCUUGGAGUAGCUGCCGUUGCUAAUGCAAUAACCCGACCACAACCGUAUGUUCCGUACUUACCGCCGCGACCAUAUGUACCAUACUAUCCACGACCGUACGUACCAUAUUAUCCAUCACCGUAUUAUUCUUAUCGUAGACAACAGGGUAUUAUCUAG